GGGUAAAAACUGUAGCAGGCUUGAGGACCCGCCUGUACUAGGAGCUCUGUGUGUGCCACCUCGUUUCCGUCCCCAGCAGCCAGGCGGGCCUUGGCGGCAGGAGGCACUGGCUUUGGGAGCAGGGGUCCUGCAGCUUGCCAAGCGCACACGGUUCUAGGGCGACGGGCUGAGUCUGCAGCUGCGCCCCUCGGGUCCCUGCAGCUCUCUGUGGUCACCUACACCCCAGUCAGGAGCCUUUCCAGCGGGCCGGAGGAGAAUGGAAGUUUGGGGAGACCCGCGCGGUUCGCCUGGCCACAUUUUGCAUUGCCUUCCCCGGCAGCUGGGGUCACGAGGGCUGCUCUCGCGGGCUGUGUUGGAACGUGGACACGUGCGCUUUGGUAAUAGGGCCGCCUCCCCCGCGGGCUCGGUCCCCACCGCGAGCGCCGCCGGCUGCGGAGGCGGGACCGAGGACCCGGAGAUUUGAGCCGGGGGUGGGCGGGGAGGGGCCUUUGUGACCUGCCCGCCCCUCUCCGGCACUGUGAUGCCGGGGGGCAGCUGCGGGCCCUGCGCGCCAGUCCCCAGCGCCCCCCCUCCCGGCGUGUCACAGCGGCGGAGGCGUCUGUAUCUGGAGCAGUCAGGGCGGGCAGGCCCAGCUGGGACGCGCGCGGGUGAGGACAGCGGCGGCGAUGCGGGAAUGCAUAUCAGUCCACGUGGGUCAAGCAGGAGUUCAGAUUGGCAAUGCCUGCUGGGAGCUCUUCUGUCUGGAACAUGGCAUCCAGGCAGAUGGUACUUUUGACACUCAAGCCAGCAAGAUCAACGAUGAUGACUCCUUCACCACCUUUUUCAGCGAGACUGGCAACGGGAAGCACGUGCCCCGGGCCGUCAUGAUCGAUCUGGAGCCGACUGUGGUGGAUGAGGUCCGGGCAGGAACCUACCGCCAGCUCUUCCAUCCAGAGCAGCUGAUCACAGGAAAGGAGGAUGCAGCCAAUAACUACGCCCGGGGUCACUACACGGUGGGCAAGGAGAGCAUCGACCUGGUGCUGGACCGCAUACGGAAGCUGACAGAUGCUUGCUCUGGCUUGCAGGGCUUCCUGAUUUUCCACAGUUUCGGUGGGGGCACCGGCUCCGGCUUCACUUCUCUGCUGAUGGAACGCCUCUCCCUGGAUUAUGGCAAGAAAUCCAAGCUGGAGUUUGCCAUCUACCCGGCCCCCCAGGUCUCCACGGCAGUGGUGGAGCCUUACAACUCCAUCCUCACCACUCACACCACACUGGAACAUUCAGAUUGCGCCUUCAUGGUGGACAACGAAGCCAUCUAUGACAUCUGCCGCCGGAACCUCGACAUUGAGCGCCCCACCUAUACCAACCUCAACCGCCUCAUCAGCCAGAUCGUGUCCUCAAUCACUGCUUCUCUCCGCUUCGACGGGGCCCUCAACGUGGACCUCACUGAGUUCCAGACCAACCUGGUACCCUAUCCCCGCAUCCACUUCCCGCUGGUCACCUACGCACCCAUCAUCUCUGCCGAGAAAGCCUAUCAUGAACAGCUCUCCGUGGCCGAGAUCACCAGCUCCUGCUUUGAGCCCAACAGCCAGAUGGUGAAGUGCGACCCCAGACAUGGCAAGUACAUGGCCUGCUGCAUGCUCUACCGGGGCGACGUGGUGCCCAAGGACGUGAAUGUCGCCAUUGCUGCCAUCAAGACCAAGAGGACCAUCCAGUUUGUAGACUGGUGUCCCACAGGCUUCAAGGUGGGCAUCAACUACCAGCCCCCGACCGUGGUCCCCGGGGGAGACCUGGCCAAGGUGCAGCGGGCUGUCUGCAUGCUCAGCAACACCACGGCCAUCGCGGAGGCCUGGGCCCGCCUCGACCACAAGUUCGACCUCAUGUACGCCAAGCGGGCCUUCGUGCAUUGGUAUGUCGGAGAGGGGAUGGAAGAAGGAGAAUUUUCUGAGGCCAGGGAAGACCUGGCUGCUUUGGAGAAGGAUUAUGAAGAAGUGGGGACUGACUCGUUUGAAGAAGAGAAUGAAGGGGAGGAGUUUUAAAUAUAUACCUUCCCCUUG